ACCGCGGCUGGCAUCAAACCUCUCGCGCCACACACAUUACACACAUGACAUCGUUUAGUUUGCUCAGAUUACACGGUCGAUCGAAAUUCAUAAUCAUGUUGCGAUUCGGUUUGCGAUUGCGGGCCUAAAUGCAGGAUUCCCCUGAAAACCGUUUAUAGUGCUUCAAGAGAGAGUGAUUGCUCUUUAAUUUCAAACUUUCAUCAUGUCCGGAGCUUGUCGAUUGCUAGAUUCCACGAAUCUACUAAACCUUCAGAACAGCCAAUUCGAAAACAACCUGAAAGCGGCCAAAGAGAACCUGAAAAAACUGAAAGAGAACCAACGGACUUCCCGAGAGAACCUGAGAAACCUGAAAGAGAACCAACGCACCUCCAAAGAAUCCCUGAAAACUAUCAACAUCGCGAACAAGGAAAACAGCAUCAGCGAGAUGAGGCUCGACUACGGACCCCUUUCCCGAAGGCCGGCGCCUUUGGAUUUGGACUUGGACUACGACUACUUCCUCAACACCAUAUCCAAAGGCCGACGCCCCGCUGAACUGCGAGAACUCACCUCUUUGAUUGCGAAACUGCCCCCUGAUGCGAUCAAGUUCGGCGUCGGUGUACCCAAUGGCUCGACCUUCCCUUUCAAGGAGAUCAAAGUUACCCUCAAGGACAACUCAGUGGCCGUCAUCGAUGGAGAACGUCUCGCCGAGGCUCUUCAGUACCUCCCAUCUAGCGGAAUGGCAUCAUUGAUUAGCACAUUGAAAGAUGUGCAAGACAGAGUACAUGGAACCCAAGACUGGACAAAACGGAACAUCAUCAUAACCGCCGGCGCCCAAGAAGGGCUUUGCAAAGUUGUAGAAAUGGUCGUGGAACCUGGUGAUGCAGUUAUUCUACAGAACCCUGUUUACACCGGAGUCCUCGAUUGUUUCAGACCUUACCAAUGCGAAUACAUAGCUGUUGACAUGGACCAAGACGGAAUGAGACCAGAUAUCCUAAGGGAGAUGCUGGCCGAUCGCAAACGGGAACAGAAACCAAUGCCAAAGAUAAUGUACGUGAACCCGACAGCGGCAAAUCCUUGCGGCGUGACGCUGAGUGAAGAGAGAAAAUGCGAAAUCUACCAGCUGGCUUGCGAGUACAAUUUCCUGAUUCUCGAGGACGACCCGUACUAUUAUUUAGGAUUUGAUGAGACAUACCCGGUUAGUUUCCUAUCGAUGGACACAGAGGGUCGCGUUCUGCGGUGCGACUCGUUCUCAAAAAUUUUGUCAUCUGGUCUGCGCCUGGGUUUUGUCACUGGUCCUAUGCCUCUUUUGCGUCGUCUGGAGCUUCACAUGCAGGUCUCCACUCUCCAUGCCUCCGCUUUGUCUCAGGUUGUGCUCUACCAGUUGCUUAAAAAAUGGGGAUUUGAAGGUUUAAGAGAACACUUCGCCGGAAUCAAGAAAUUCUACCGUCAGAAACGAGAUCUUAUGAUUGCAGCAGCACAAAAACACUUAACAGGUCUAGCAGAAUGGAACAAUCCAAGCGGGGGAAUGUUCCUGUGGUUGCGCGUCAAAGGCAUUGACGACGCGCGCUCUCUGGUGACGAAGAGAUGCGUUGACAACAACCUCGUCUGUGCCCCCGGCUACGUCUUCAUGGCUGACGGCACCAAACCUUGCCCAUACAUGCGACUCUCGUUCUCCCUGUGCUCGGCCGAACAGAUUGACAUGGGUAUCAGCAGGCUAGCCAGGCUUAUCCGAGAGGAGCAGCUGGCUACUCGUUUGCCAUGUCAAUGUGUGCAAGUUUGACAUUAAAGAAUAAUUGCUCGAUCCAGUCUCAAAAGCAUCACACACUGUUCAAUUCACCCCUCGUGAUUGGGCAAAGUAUAUCCCGAGUAUACUUUCUGUUACAUAUCACAUCAAAAUUUUGAGAUCAACCCCAACAGAAUAUCACGGUUUUCAGGUUUAACUGUAAUAUGGGGAUACUUGAAUACUCAUUUCUUUAAUCUCUCAAUGAGUGCGUCGAUUGAAAACGAUAAGAUAAUGAUCUCAGCCAUUCUUUUCGGCAUCUCCCAAUGUUGUAUAAAGUAAAAGUAAUCAGUCGUAUGGUGUUUUUGAAGAUUUUUAAUUUUAAGUUUGGUAGAUUGUUAUAUUAGGUCUCGCACUCUUCUAUUUGUUUUAGGUUUGUUUCACUUGCAUGUAAACUAGAUCUAAGUUUGUUGCACUUGCAUGUAAACUAAAUGAAAAUAAAUAUAGGUGUAGACAGUGAGCAUAUCAACCCUCGGCUUUCAAUUUGCAUGCUACCCACCGAAUGUUUUUAAGUACAUGAAAAGCGAAAAAAGAAAUGAAACAAAUCCACGUCUUGAGAACGACAAAUAUUGGAGGUGUCAAAAUGCGGAAUUGUGAGUCCUUUCCUUCGCCACAAUUCUAACGUAGAAAGAUAAAAAAAAUGUAUAAUAAUAAUGAAAAAAAAAAAAAAA